AUGUUGGUUAUGUGCUGGUCGUCUUACCUGGCAGGUUAUCUGCUCAGCUUGUCGUCUUACCUGGCAGGUUAUGUGCUCAGCAUCAGGCUGGUCAUCUUACCUGGCAGGUUAUGUGCUCAGCUUGUCGUCUUACCUGGCAGGUUAUGUGCUCAGCUGGUCAUCUUACCUGGCAGGUUAUGUGCUCAGCUGGUCGUCUUACCUGGCAGGUUAUGUGCUCAGCUGGUCAUCUUACCUGGCAGGUUAUGUGCUCAGCUGGUUGCUUACCUGGCAGGUUAUCUGGUUGUCUUACCUGGCAGGUUAUCUGCUUAG